GUCUGGCCCUUUGAGCGCUGCAGUUUCCAGACUCUGUGUGUUUCGUCGCGUCCGCCACCGGUGCUCUGGCCCAAGUGAAUCGGAGGCUUUGGGGACAGGUUUGAGAGCUCCCACCUGGCUGCCCUCGAGCGAACGGGUAGAGCCCUUCCUGGAAAGUCAAAGGAAACGUGUCUUCUGGAAUGGGCUUGCGGGCCACCGCGGCGCAUCCCUGUGAGACAGAGGAAUAAAGUGGUGAAGUUGCUGUUGUUACUGUCAACCUCUGGUGCCUUGGAUCAUCUUGAGAUGACAUGUGCCAUGUGGCACUCAGUCAUUCUUACUAUGCUGAAGAAGAAAUAUUUAUUCGAGGAUAUUUACCUAGCUUAGAAGAAGCAUGUUUCACGAAAUGUAUACUAUGUCAGUUUUCCUCAGUGUGAAAGAACACUCUUUUUAGGGACAUUAUCAGAGAGGUAGGAGACAUUGUUUUUCUCAAACUGUGGCUUGAGGACCACCUGCAUCCAAACUGCCUGCUGUGUUUAAAAUUUCAGGAUCCCCCUCCUCACUCCACAACUAGUGAAUCAGUCACUAGGAGUGGAGUUGAGAAUCUGCCAACUGCUGAAAUUUGAGAAUUGCAGGGCAAAAACAUCAGAGCCUGGAUACAGUAUCUACAGGUUAACUUGGCACGAUGGGGAUACAAGGAUUACUGCAAUUUAUCAAAGAAGCUUCUGAACCCAUCCAUGUGAGGAAGUAUAAGGGGCAGGUGGUAGCUGUGGACACCUAUUGCUGGCUUCACAAAGGAGCUAUUGCUUGUGCUGAAAAACUAGCCAAAGGUGAACCUACCGAUAAGUAUGUAGGAUUUUGUAUGAAAUUUGUAAAUAUGUUACUGACUCAUGGGAUCAAGCCUAUUCUUAUAUUUGACGGAUGCACUUUACCUUCUAAAAAGGAAGUGGAGAAGUCUCGAAGAGAAAGACGACAAGCCAAUCUUCUGAAGGGAAAGCAGCUUCUUCGUGAAGGGAAAGUCUCAGAAGCCAGAGAAUGUUUUACCCGUUCUGUCAAUAUCACACAUGCUAUGGCCCACAAAGUAAUUAAGGCUGCUCGGUCUCAGGGAGUAGAUUGUCUCGUGGCGCCCUAUGAAGCGGAUGCACAGCUGGCCUAUCUUAAUAAAGCUGGGAUCGUACAAGCCAUAAUUACAGAGGACUCUGAUCUCCUUGCUUUUGGCUGUAAAAAGGUGAUUUUAAAAAUGGACCAGUUUGGAAAUGGACUCGAAAUUGAUCAGGCUCGGCUGGGAAUGUGCAGACAGCUUGGGGAUGUGUUCACAGAAGAGAAGUUCCGUUACAUGUGUAUUCUUUCAGGCUGUGACUAUCUUCCAUCACUGCGUGGGAUUGGAUUAGCAAAGGCCUGCAAAGUGCUACGACUAGCCAAUAAUCCAGAUAUUGUAAAGAUUAUCAAGAAAAUUGGACAUUAUCUCAAGAUGAAUAUAACAGUGCCAGAAGAUUACAUCCAAGGAUUUAUUCGGGCCAACAAUACCUUCCUUUAUCAGCUAGUUUUUGAUCCCAUCAGAAGGAAACUCAUCCCUCUGAAUGCCUAUGAAGAUGACAUUGAUCCUGAAACACUAAGCUAUGCUGGGCGAUAUGUUGAUGAUUCUGUAGCUCUUCAAAUAGCCCUUGGAAAUAAAGAUAUAAAUACUUUUGAACAGAUUGAUGACUAUAAUCCAGACACCGCUAUGCCUGUCCAAUCAAGAAGUCAUAGUUGGAAUGACAAAACAUGUCAAAAGUCAUCAAAUAGUAUUUGGCAUAAGAAUUAUUGUCCUAGAACUAAGCUGGAUAUUGCUCCAAAUGCUACAAGAUCGAAGGAAAAUCCACAUACUCUGGGCAUUGAACAAGUAAUUAGUACUAAAGGGUUAAAUCUUCCAAGGAAGUUGUCCAUUGUGAAAAGACCAAGAAGUGAAGAGCUGUCAGAAGAUGAUCUGUUGAGUCAAUAUUCUCUUUCAUUGACAAAGAAGACCAAGAAAAAUAGCUGUGAAGAUAAUAAAUCAUUGAACUCUUCCGAAAUAUUUACUCCUGGCCUGGUAGAUGGAACUACUGUUAAAAACAGCUUAAGCACACCACCUACGACAAGAAACAAAUUUGCAACAUUUUUACAGAGAAAAAAUAAAGAAAGUGGUGCAGUUGUGGUUCCAGGGACCCGAAGCAGGUUUUUUUGUAAUUCUCUGGAUUCUGUGGACUGUGUAUCAAAGAAAGCAAGCAGCCAGCCUCUAGAUGAAACUACUGUCCCCAAUAAAGACACCAGUCUAAAUGAAUCAGAUUGUCUAGAUGACAAGAAGCUGGUUGAUAAGAAUGUAGCACCUAAUUCAAGUGAUCAUAUUCCAGAUGAUGUAACUGUGACUGCUGCUGAAGAGUCUCAGUCUUUUAAGACCAGCAAAUUCACAAGUACCAUUUCACCACCUUCUCUGGGGACACUGAGAAGUUGUUUUAGUUGGUCUGGAAGUCUUGGAGAUUUUUCAAGAACUCCGAGCCCCUCUGCAGGCACAGCACUGCAGCAGUUCCACAGGGAGGGUGAGUCCCUCACCUCCAUGCCUGAGAAGAAGGAGAUGACUGAUGGAUCUCUGGUAAAGAGUGAUGAGUCAGGUGAUGAAACUCAUCCAUCACAUGAAGUGGCUUGGUCUUCACAGUCUCAGGAGAGUGUGGAAUUAUCACCCCUUAACUUAAGUGUACCCGAACUCUCUCAGCGCUGUAGUAAGGAUUCUGAUUCAGAGGAAUCUGACUGCAAUUUUAGGUCACUUGAUAAUCAAGGUGAUCAGGAAUCUAAGCUACGUUUAUCUCAGUUCUCGAAAAAAGACACACCUCUCAGGAACAAGGUUCCUGGGCUGUAUAAGUCUAGUUCCAUGGACAAUCUUUCCACCACCAAGAUCAAGCCUCUAGUCCGCGCCAGAGUCAGCGGGCUCAGUAAGAAGGCAGCAAGCAUUCAGAAGAGGAAACAUCCCAAUGCUGAGAACAAGCCAGGAUUACAGAUAAAGAUCAAUGAGCUCUGGAAAAAUUUUGGAUUUAAAAAAGAUUCUGAAAAGCUUCCUUCUUGUAAGAAGCCCGAUCCCCUGUCUCCAGUUAAAGAUAAUAUCCAACUAACUCCAGAAACAGAAGAAGAUAUAUUUAACAAAUCUGAGUGUACACGUGUUCAGAGAGCAAUAUUCCCAUGAACACAGGCAGAUGGGAGCCUAUUGCCUGACAGACAUGACGGAUUGACCUGUAACUCAGAAACUGCAACUCCAAAAUCCUGUGGACCACACACUCAAUUCUUUGAUGUAUGAAUAACCAUUUAAAGACUAUUCCAAAACCUCCACAAGAUGGCAGUGGCCCCACACUGCUUAAUGUCCGAAGAGAAAUUCCAAGCAACUUUGUCUAUUUUUUAAAAGUAAUCCACCCUCUUACACAUUGUCUUUUAUUUAUUUUAAUUACACAAGUA